UACUCUUAGCAACCAUACUUGACAACGCAACGGCUUCCUUGGCCGACCUACAAAGCUGGUUCAUCUUGCUGGAAAAUAUGUUGAAAAUGCCAAGAAAUUCAUUAAUUUUUCGCCAUAGGAUUUAAUGAAUGAACAUGUGACUUGCCAUAGGUCACCAAGUUAUUUUGUGCUGGUAGCAAUGUCAAGGAAAGUCACUUUUUUAUCAACUCAACAAACCAACUGGCAACAAAAUAUGUAGCAGUCUAGUGAAGCAAGAGUCAACAGCAAACUGCAAUCCAGUAAUUCAGCUUCAAGAAACAUCAAGGAAAAUAUUUUUAACAAGACAAGCAUAAGUACUGAUUUAUUUAUUUUGUAAGCAAAGGAAUAUCUCGCAACAUGCCCCCAAAGAAGAAGGGAGGAAAGAAGAAAGGGAAGAAGAGCGGGAAGAAGAGUGGAAAGAAAUCAGCGAGGGCGUCGUCUGCACCAGACGGAGGGAACCUGAGUGAAGUUGGCAAAGAAUUCUUUCUGAUUCAGAUCCGAGAUUUAGAGAGGAGGCUUAUCAGGUACCAGCAAAAAUGUGACGAACUUGAGGUGGCCAAUGGCGAAUUCAAAUCCCGCUAUGACCAGAUGGGGACGGACAAGAAGGAGAUUGUUGCCUUCUUGAAGAAGCAGCUUGAGCAGCGUCAGGAUGAGAUCGCAGACCUCAACGAUCGUCUGGUGGGUCUCCAGCAGGCCAAGGAUACUGAGAAGGAUGCCUACGAGGCCCAGCUUGCCCAGCUACGCAAUGAGUUCCAGGAGACCAAGGACCAGCUGACUUCGGAGAACAUGAUCCUCAGUGGGAAAUUGGCUGCACUUGAAGAGUUCAAAGUUCAAAAAGAAGAUUUAAACAAAAAGUUUGAGCAGAUGGAAGAGGACUUGAAAUCCCAAGCCGAUGGUCACAAGGAUGAAAUCUAUAAGCUUGAGAAGAAGCAAGUUGUGGACAAGGACAGACUAAAACGUGAGAUGGUGCUUCGCGUCAAUCAGGUCGCCGCCGAGUUCCGCAAGGUCUCCAACAAGCAGAUGGCCGACACCACCAAGCGUACCAUCCGUGAGAACGUGAGCAUCCACGCCCAGCUGGCCAAGAUGUCCGACAAGACCAUGGAGUUGAUCGAGGAGAACGAGGAGAUGAGGGCCAAGGAGAAGAAGCAGAGGCAGCAGAUAGAGAUGCUGGAAACCAACGAGAAGGAACUGGCCAAGAAGAAUCAUAGUAAUCAGAAGGUCAUCAGAAUGCUGACAGAGAAAGCCAAACAGCAGGAGGACGUCAUCGCCGACCUGGAGGAGAGGGAGAAGGAGUACCAGGAGCUGGAGGCAGAGAUGGGUCUCCUUCGGCAGCAGGCUGACUCCUCCAGGGAGGAGCUCCAGAGCAUGGGCAGGGAGUCGGAGCAGCUGAUGGAGCGGAUAGAGCUCCUGGAGAAGGAGGCCGCUCAGAUGGCUGACAUCAAGGUCAAGCUGGAGAGGAUUCUUGCAGAGGCUGCCUACUCGCUACACAGGAUACUCAUGCGCAACCCUGACAAGGAGAGCUCUACUGGUCCGAUGAGCCUUGAGGAAGUGGAACAGAGAGACAACAUGCUUGAACAUCUCCUUGUGAUCCUCAACAGUGCCGCAGCCAUCGGCGUUGGUCCAGCCCCAGAGUCUUUCAUACCUCAGGAAGAGCAAGUCUACAGGACCAAGAGCCGAGAGGCCAUGUACCCUGGCUCUGGCAAGGGACUUAAACGAGGGCUGGCCCCACUCUCCCCCAUUGCCAAGGGAGUGUCCACCCUACCCCACUACAAGAUGGGCGACCUGGGUCUGGUGCCCCGCCCCAAACCCUCCUCAUUCCCAUCGGACAAGACCAGACAGCUCUCGGCCACCAGCCGUCUGAACAGGCUACAAGGGGUCAAGUCAAGGUCUGUGGGGAUCCAGACUACCAGCUCAGCUAAGCCUUUGUUCAGACCCGACCAACUCCUGGGAACGGAUGCUUCAUUCGCUAAAUCCGCUCUGGUACAAGAACUGGCCGUCACGCAUAAACAGCGCUCUCUGGCACCAGUCAUGGCGCCAGGGAAGGCCGUUCGAUGAUCGUCAUCGAGUCUUCUUCUUUCACCUUUGAAGCAGCUUUGUAAAAGCGAGUCUUAGACAUUCUCUGAAAGGAACUUUAUUGUGCAACUUGUUGGAAACAGUGUUAACUUAUAAUCAUGAAUGGAUAUCACGCAGAUAUAAUGGACUGCACAUAUUUACAAGAAUUUAUGACACAUCCACCUACACAAGUGUUUAUAUGAUGGAAGCACUCAAUGGUUAAAUUGUAACUAAAAGAUAAACUGUGUGUUUUAAUCAUACAUGCACACACACACAUUCGUCCGCUCUGUAUGCAAUAUAAACAAUCACCAUUACAAUAUUAUGAUUGCCUGUGCAUGUGGAAGUCAAUUCAGUGUCUUAUUUUUUUAAAUGUAAAUCAGUAUGGAAUUAUUAAGUUUAAUUCACAUUGAUCACCAAUUGAUAUUAUACUUGAUUAAUUUUUUUCAUCAUAAAAUGAGAAGCAAGUUAGUACAGUGGGAUAAUUAAAGGUCAAGUACACCCCAGAAAAAUGUUGAUUUGAAUAAAUACAGAAAAUAAAACUAGCAUAAUGCUGGAAAUUUGAUCGAAAUUGGAUGUAAAAUAAGAAUGUUUCGCUUAUUUUUCACAAAACAGUUAUAUGCACAACUCAGUGGUAUGCAAAUAAGAGAGACGAUGAUGUACUUCACUCACUAUUUCUUUUGUUUUUCAUUGUUUGAAUUAUACAAUAUUUCAAUUUUUACCAAUUUGACAUCAAGGAC